GCUUUCAAUUCUUCCAAAUCUGGCCGAUCUCCUCGCUCAAGAAAAGGCCGGACACGACUGAAAUAUCACCCAGUAUCCUCUGCGCCCUCUCCACCCGCCAGUCAUCCGUUGGGCCAACUUGACUGUCUCAUCACAUUCCACUUAUUACACACCUCUCCCUGCCCUUACCAGUUCCUGCACUCACUGGACGAACAUAUGCUCCCGCCGCUGAGUUUCGAGUUGGUCGCAACGUGCUCCACCACUAAAGCGCGAGCGGCCACCCUAACCUUACCUCAUGGAUCGCUGUCACUUCCGCUCUUUAUGCCCGUCGCAACGCAAGCCUCACUCAAGGGUCUUACAGCGCAGCAGUUGGAACAGGCCGGGUGCCGAUUAUGUCUCAACAAUACUUACCAUCUCGCAUUGAAGCCGGGCCAAGCAGUGCUGGAUAGUGUGGGCGGAGCACACAUUUUACAGGGGUGGAAAUACAAUUUGCUGACGGAUAGUGGCGGCUUCCAAAUGGUCAGCCUCCUGAAACUAGCAACUGUAACGGAAGAAGGAGUUCGAUUUAGGAGUCCCCACGACGACUCUCCCAUGUUACUCACCCCAGAACACUCCAUCUCCCUCCAGAAUAGUAUCGGCAGUGAUAUUAUUAUGCAGCUCGACGACGUCGUGGCCACCACCACGCCCGACCGCCAUCGCAUCGAAGUUGCCAUGCAGCGAAGCAUCCGCUGGCUCGAUCGCUGUAUCGCAGCCCAUGCUAAGCCUUCUAGCCAGAGCCUCUUUUGUAUUAUUCAGGGCGGCUUGGAUCUUGAGUUGCGGCGGGAAUGCUGCAAGGAGAUGAUAAAACGUGAUACGCCCGGAAUAGCUAUAGGAGGCUUAAGUGGUGGCGAGGCAAAGAGCGACUACUGUCGAGUUGUUGAUACCUGCACAGGCCUUUUACCGGCGAACAAACCACGAUAUGUAAUGGGGGUUGGUUAUCCCGUGGAUCUUGUCGUCAGUGUCGCACUUGGCGCAGAUAUGUUUGACUGCGUCUGGCCUACACGCACAGCUCGUUUUGGGAAUGCCAUUACAAGUCAUGGAGUCAUCAACUUACGAAAUGCCAAAUAUGCCGCCGACUUGACGCCUUUAGAAGAUGGAUGCCAGUGUGUUUGUUGUCGGCCUGUCUCCGCUGGCGAUGACAUUGAGGAUGGCGGGAGCGGUCUUGGGAUCACGCGGUCCUUUGUUCAUCACCUGGCUACCAGAGAGACCGUUGGUGCUCAUCUCCUCACCCUACAUAAUGUAUGGCACAUGUUGACCCUUAUGCGGCAUAUACGGCAGGCUAUUGUCGAGGAUCAAUACCCUUCCUUCCUCAGGCAAUUUUUUGCCGACCAAUAUGCAGCUGAUAAAACCGAGUAUCCCGAUUGGGCUGUGAAAGCCCUCCGAUGUGUCGGUGUCGACUUGAUGGAUGUUUGA